ACUCGAAGAAUUGUAUACCUUAGUUCGUACACCGUCGUCGCAGUCGAGUUAUAUAGAUAGCUAAAGUUUUAAUUAAAGAAUAGCUUUGAUCGAUUAUACAAGCAAAAAGCACAUACACAACACGCGUAUCGUAAAAAAUAAUAUAAAUCCGUCGUAUGCUAAAUUUGCGAGCGCGUGUCUCAAUUGGGCCUCUCAUACUUAUUUAUUUAUUUAUUCUAAAGGAUAAGCGCGCGUAAAUAGAAAGCGAUAGAUAGUCGUAUGACAAGGAAGGAAGAAACAAGAAUGACGUUAAAAUCGUAAACACGUAGGUAUUAAGAUAGAUCGAUUCGCGUUUGCGCGGCUUUCAUUCUAAAGAUCGAUCAAUUGUCAUCGAUACGUGCAUUCUUAACCGCGAACCACGUACGAAACGUGUACGCGAAUCAACUGCAUUCGCACAUAACCUCAAAAAUCGAUCUUUUCCCUUCUGCCUUUUUUUUAUUGUGCGAUAGAAGAAGGAAAGAAGAGAAAGAGUAAAAUAUAAAAAGAUCAAUACCAUCAUCAGAUCAUUCAAGAGACUUUGAUUUAAGGAUAUAUAUCGAAAUAUCGAAGUGAUCAUCGUCGAGUAAAUCGAAAGUAAGGGGAUUAUCGAGUCUGAGGAGAGCAACGGGGAUCGAUAUUUCGUGAUCUUUCGAAUGACAUCAAUUAGAAAGAAGGUUAAAAACAAUCGAUACUUUAGUAUAGGACAAAAAAAUGUUGAUGGGACAGACUUGAGGUGAAAUGUUCCGUAAUUUGCCAGAUAGAGUGGCAGGGCUGUAUUAUGCCCAUGGCCUAUUCUGUUCUUCGCAUCCCAUCCCAGUUAUCUCUUUGGCAAUAUCAAUUAUAUUACUUUUUUGUUACCCAUUAGUAAACUUACCAAUGCCAGGAAAUGCACCAAGAAUGAUACUUAAUCGUACAGUUGAAUCUACAAAUGCGACAGAAAAGUCAGCUUUAUACGUUCAACAGGUUGUUCUAAGAAUUGGAGUGGUUCCUUGGGCAGAAGAUUUGUCAUUAAUGGAUGCUUUUAGGGGACCCUUAUACGAAAUAUUCAAUCUAUUGGAAAUAAUACAAAAUUAUCAGCACCCAGAAACCUUAAAAACACUUGGCCAAGUUUGUUUGCAUAUAGAGGCUGCUAAAAAGAGAAACGGAAAGAAACCAGAGAUUUUACCAGAAUAUAAUUGCCUGGUACUCUCUCCUGCGAACUUAUGGCAGCAAAGCAUCGAAUUAUUCUCACAAGAUACUAAUCUUAUUGGGACAAUAUUUUCAUAUCAAAAUUUACAAAAAGGUAAGAUUAGUUUAGCAGAAGUAAUGUUUGGCAUGAAUCUAAAAGAAACUGGAGUUAAGCGAUAUCCUGUACGUGUAAGACAAAGAAUCUUACAAUAUUCAGUAACUAUUUAUUUAAAGGAAUAUGAUAUCGAAUUUAUAAAAGGAUUAAAUCGUCGAUUAAAAAGCUACUAUCGUCUUCAUCAAUCUGGAGAUAAUAAUACAGAUACCGUGAUAGAUGAUGCACUACAUAUUUUUUAUCCUGGAGAAUUUAAUUAUAGUGACUUUUUUCCCUUAAUGAUGACUUUCUUAGUAUUGUUCUUUUACAUUUAUUUUUCUGUGCGCAAAAUAGAACUUAUUAAAUCAAAGAUUGGAAUGGCAUUUAGUGCAUGUUUUACAGUGGUAGCAUCUCUUUCUAUGACUGUCGGUGUGUGUUUCUUUUUCGGUUUAACAUUGAGUUUAAAUGGAAAGGAAGUGUUUCCAUACUUGGUGAUCAUUGUUGGUUUAGAAAAUGUAUUAGUGUUAACAAAAAGUGUAGAGAGUACUCCAGCCCAUUUGGAUGUAAAAAUUCGAGUUGCUCAAGGUUUGUCAAAAGAAGGAUGGUCGAUCACCAAAAAUUUGCUUACAGAAGUUACUAUUUUAACUAUUGGAUUGUUUACAUUUGUACCUGCCAUUCAAGAAUUCUGUAUUUUUGCUAUUGUUGGAUUAUUGAGUGACUUCUUCCUCCAAAUGGUUUUCUUCUCAACAAUUCUUGCAAUUGAUAUCAGACGUACUGAACUUUCUGGAGAAAGUUCCAAAUUUCAUUUACCACACAUUCCAACAUCGCGAAAACAACAGUUUAUCACAACUGUGAUGACAAAUAGAAAGCCUAAUAUAUUUCGUUCCAAGUCUCACCCAAGGCUGAAUGGUUUGACCGGUGGACCAACUAAUGUUAUAGCUCCAAAUACACAGAAUACUUAUACAUUAACAAAACUACCAAAACGAUUACGACUAGUUCAUUUUUUGGCGCGUACACGUAUAUUUCAACGUGCAUUUAUGGUAUUGAUGGUAGUCUGGAUCAGUAUGAUUAUAUAUAACUCUGGAAUAAUUGAACAUGUUAUUCACUUGAGUGGUACAUUAAAAACAGAAACAGAUCUUGAUGGGUACACUAUAGAUAGACCACAAACGUUAAAUAAUUAUAUUGAACUAGAUAAAAUAAAGCCUAUACAAACAUUGCAUACUACUGUUACUCCAGACCAUAUAAAUGAUAAUAAUGAUUUGAUUAAUAACGUAACAGAUGAGUUGAACAAAUUGAGAUCCGUAGAUUUUCCACCUUGGAAUCGUUUAUCUCUUUAUCAUUGGUCUUCAAUUAUUUCAAUGUAUAAUAUGUCUAUAUCUGGUGAACAAAUAACAAUACUUCCAACAAUUAAAUUAUCUCAUGCAGUUAGUCCACAAUUGGUUAGACAGAUCAGUAAUCCAAAUGAUGUACAACAGUUUCAAUGGCAAAGUUUUGCUACAGCUGCUCUUGACCCCUUGGAUUUUUCAGAUAUGGAAAUACCAACAAGAUCCGAAGGACGUGGAUUUAAUACAGAUGCACCCUUUGUACCAUCGAGUCCUAUGGAAAUAUUUUUGACAACUUUGCUUUGUUUAAUCAGUAUUAUCGUUGUGGUUUAUACAAUGGUAGUUUUAUAUCGUUGUAUUUGCUCGAGAAAUUAUGCUGAAUGGAGAGCUAGUUGGCAUCAACAAGAGAAAACACAUGACUCAGUGACCCAACUAGUUUUAGAAGCAGUGCCCUUAGUUCUAGAAGGUCACACGCAAGAAGUCGAAUGUAUUGCUACAGAUGGUAAUACCAUUGCAAGCACUUGCUUGGCUGGACAUAUAAGAGUAUGGGAUUCAAUUUCUGGUGAUCAGAUUGCUCAUAUUGACAGAAUGCAAUUCUUUGGUACAACACCUCCAAAAAAUACAAAUCAAGCAACACAAGAUACAGAAGAACUUAUGCCCGAUUAUGGAAGUGGUUCACCACCUUCCAGGGGUGAGACAGAGAAUAUCAAUUCACAAAAUUUAUACUCUGCACCACAUCCAUCAAUGUAUCAUAGACAAUCAUCGCCAGGACCUUGCUAUACUCAACGAGUAAAUUAUGGAAAUAUUAACAAAAGACAUUCAAUGGGCAAUAAUUUAGAUAAUGAUUAUCAAAUAAAUGAAUUAAGUACUGAAAAACAUAAAUGUUUGCGUAGAAAUUUGGACAAUGCUUAUAAUUUACCUGAUCUAAAACAUACAAUUAAUAUUAACUUUGUUUCUAUGAAUCAUUCGUUGGUGCAAACGAAUUAUGAACGAGGCUAUGAUUUUGGUGAUAAAUAUAAGAAUCUCUUAGUUGAACAUAAUAGGACCAUAGAUGAAAUGCAAAAAUCUGAAAAUCAGGAUGAGUUAAAUGCAUGUAGAAAAUCAAAUACUUCAGUAAAUGGUGCAAUUCUGUUAAACACAGAAAAACCAUUGCAAAUGUCUCAAGGCAUUUCACCAAUUUGGUGCAUGGACUAUCAAGAAAAUUUAAUUGUCGUAGGAUGCUCUAAUGGUAGUUUAGAAUUUUGGGAAGGUACAACUGGAAGAUUUAAAUGUUUGUUUAAUGAUGAUACUGGCUUUGGGAUUUCUGCGAUUAAACUUAUAGGUAGCAGAGUAGUGGCUGCUAAGUUAAAUGGUUCCAUAGAUUUCUUACAUCUUGAAAGUUAUAGCGAAGGACAACAAAUUGACUGGGGAUUUACAUCUUACAGAAGAACACAUGUUCGUACCGGCAGUGCUGGAUCACCUAUGGAUAUCAAUAACAUCAUUCGUUGUGUUAAAAUAUGCUCGCAUAGAGCACACCAACAGGCUAUAACAGUUUUAGAUUGUGAAGGAGGCCGUGUCUUAACAGGCAGCCAAGAUCACACCUUGAAAGUGUACAGGUUAGAAGACCAGUUAGCAUUGUAUACUCUUCAUGGGCAUUGUGGUCCAAUAUCUUGCCUAUUUGUGGACAGAAUUAGUCCUAUGACAUGCGCUAGUGGAUCUCAAGAUGGUUUACUAUGUGUCUGGGAUCUUCUAACUGGAACUUGUAUGUAUAGUAUACAAGCACAUGAUGGUGCUGUGGCAGCUAUUACUUGUUCAGUAUCGUAUGUAAUAAGUAUUGGAGCCGAUGAAAAGUUGUGCGUUUGGGAACGGUUUCAAGGCCAUUUAUUACAUACUCUUCCUGCACAUAAAGCAGCUUAUAGCUUACAAAUAGUUAUGUUAACGCAUCAUUUGCUCAUCGCCAGUAGCCAGGGAUCAUUAGUAGUAUGGGAUGUGAGAACUGGCGAACCAAUUCGCGAAGUAAGAUUGGGUCAUAAGGAAAGUUGUAUGUUUGUAAAGCAAAUGAUAACUUUAAAGGAUAGUGUCGUUUGUGAUUUUGGUCGACAGUUAAGAAUCGUCAGAUUUCCGUUGGUCUCUGAUAAAUUAGAUUAAAUCUUAUGUAUGCACAUGUAAAUAGCUUUAUUUUACGUUUACCUUCGAUUAUAAAUAUUAUAAGAUACUCGAGUAUAAAGUUCCGUGUAAGCUUACAAUAAUUCUACAGGGAUAAUGAUUUUUAUAUUCGACGUGUUGUAAACCUUCGAUUAAGUUAAGGGUUCAUCUAUUAUUUUUUAAAAUCUUACAUCUUUCGAUAAUAUCACAUUGUCCUUGAGUAGGAUAUUUUGUUUGAGAUAUUUUACGAUAUAACAGUAAUUUAUUAUUUUUUAAAUUAUCGUAACUAUUACACAAGUAUGGAAAUAGUAAAAUUUAUUAUUAAUUUGUAUAAGAAGGCUGCUUAUUAGAAGAUUAACGUUAAAAAUUUUUGAAAUGUCACGAAUUCUUCGGAUAAUAAGCUGCUUCUGAUAUUCUUCCAUUUAUUUAUUUUUAGAAAAGUGUUUAGGGAAAUAUUUUAUCUCAUUGAGUAAUAUACUAGUUUCUUUUUGAAUAAAGUACUAUGAGUCUAACUAUAGGUACUAUUUGUAUUAACAUACUAUAUAUGUAAUUAUUUUUAUUAAGAUAUAACAUUUUUAAGCUAUCGUUAUUAUUAAUACUUGUGAUAUAAAAUAUUGUAUCUACCGAAAAUUAUUGGCUCUCUGAGUCCAUUUUAAGUUCGAAACAAAAAUUUAGAGUUUCUGCAUUGAAUAUGUUGAUAAAAUAUUAUGGAAGAAUAUGGAAGUAAACUAAUAUUAUCGUUUCUUGUUAAGCUUCCAUAAAUUUGCAAAAAGUUUACAAAAACAAUUGAGAAAUUGAGAAAUUUUAUAUUAAUUGUUGAAGAUCGAUAACAAUAUAUGCAUAUAUAUACCUACAAUUUAAAUUAUCAUGGAGAUAAAUAUAAGAUAAAAAAUUAGAUAAAUGUAUAGACAGUCCUUCAGCAAUGAUUUGGAACUUUCAUUGCACAAUCUUCUCUUAUGGAUACAUAUUUAAUAAUAUUCCAUAAUACAUACAAUAUUUUUACUUUUUAUUCCAAAUAUAAUUUCAUAAAUAUCCGAUUUCAAAAAUCCGUUCACUUUCAUUCAUGCAUUAGCUCGAGGACUAUCUAUGCAUUAAAUUUUUUACAAUGCAAUUUAUCAUCUCAUUUUCAUAAAUGCAAUCAAAUUUCUGUAUACACGAUGUUUCAUUUUUACUAAUACAAGUGCCUUCGCAUCCGUCAUUGUAAUAUUCAUUCGUAUAUAUUCGCUACAAUAGAAUAAGAGAUGUAUAUCAUAUAUUUAUAUAUAUUUAUAUAUAUCGAUUGAUCCAAUAAGUAUUACCAGUGGUAAUUUAUCACCUCAUAUAUUUAUAUUAUUUUUUGUUUUAUAGUUAUUGGACCACUUGAUAUAUAUACAUAUAUAUAAAGAAAGAAAGAAAGAAAGAAAAAGAAUGCGAAGAAAAAGAGUUGAUCUCAAUCUUUUGUUACGCAGUACGUAGGUGUUGUUAUAUCCAAAAAAAGAGAAGAAAAAAGAAAGAAAAUUUUCAUUAUUAUGUUUUAAUUAUUACUUGUAUAAUGUAGAAUACAUUAUAAUAUAUUAAUACAUACACACAGUUGCAAUACGUACUACGUAGGCAAAAGAAGGUCUAAUUGAGGAAAGAUUUUUCGAAAUGGGCUAUGAACCGAUCAAGAACGCUAUAGCGCACUCUAUUUAAAAAAACGAACUAAUUGCUAGAAUCAUCUUUGUUGUAACAACCAAAAUGAUUUAGAUCGUAUUAACAGGAAACUUUAAGGACCUAUAUUUUUCUAAUUGCCAAACUAGAUUAUACGAAAAUCAUAUUUUAUAAGGAAACUCGUAAAGUAUGGAUUUCGAAUUUUAUGCUAUUAUUCAAAUUUUCAAAAGAAAAAAAUUUCUGCGUCAAUUAAUCUCUUUGGUACGUCUGCUUGUUCGGCUGUAUUAUUAACGACUUAAAGCAAAUAUGGCGCGGUAUGCUUUCAUCCAUCUUUUGUUUUUUUAACAAAAUAAUAAUAUUUGAUUGCAAUGAAAUUUAAACGGAAGGCAAAAGUUUGCUUUGUAUUAAAAUUUAUAUAGCAAUAUGCAUUUUAUAUUGAAUAAAAGUAUAUAACAACUCGGUUUUUUUGUAAUUUUAUAUUUAUGCUGCCGAAUAAUAAAGUCAACGAUCGGCUGUAUUAAUUUAUUCGGUUGCUGUUGACUGAAAUUAACGAUAGUACUGAAGAGAUUAAUACUUCAAUUAACGGAACAAAGAAAAGAAAGGAAACAAAAGAAAAAAAGAAAAAUUGAUUGUUCGAAAAGAUACAUCGCAUUGAGUUUCAUCACUUGGAUUUUAUAUUUUACGUAUACCUUCUUAACGAAUGUUGCUAAAAUGUCGAGAAUGUAAGAGGAAAGAAACAAGUGGAACGAUACGUUACGUUUAGAGACAAAUUAUAUACAUGCAUUUCUGCGAAUGUUUAAAAAAAAAAAAAGAGGAAGCAUUAAAUCAACCAUGAAACAAUGAUAAUUGCCUUUAGACUGAAUGUAUGUACUAUAUAUUGUGGCAGUUUAUAUAUAUAUAUGCUUAAGACAAAUCUUUUAUUUUCUGAUAUCCUAUUUGAGGAGAAGCGAAUAACGCAUCUCACGAAGCGAAGAAGAUCAUCGUUCGCUUAUAGUUAGAGUUAUAUAUUUUUCUUAACCAAAGUUGUAAGUACGUCGUUUAAAAUAAGCAAUGUUGCACGACAUGUGAUAGAAAAUGACAAACUAAAGGAGAAACGAAAAGCAAAUAGAAAAAGAAGAAAAGAAAAAAAAAAAAAAAAAAAAAAAAAAAAAAAAAAAGAAACAAAAAAUAAUAGAAUAACGAUUAUACCGUUGGCUGGCUAACGAUCACGCGUGAUUUUUUUGUAUUUAUUAUUAAAUUAAUUAAACGCAUAAUCUAACGCAUAAUUAACUACCGUUCUUAAUAAAAACCAAUUAAACAAACGAACAUAAAAAGAAAAGAAGAAUUUUAAUUUUGUAAUGAACGCGCAAUAAACGAGCUUCUUGCUCUUCUUACCCUUUCCGUCGGGGGGGAUGAGUGAAAAUGAAAAAGCUGUUUGGCGAUUAUUAGCCACACGUGCUGAAUUAUACGAGAAUAUGCGAUAAUAUUAAUUUAAUAUCAUAAGCGGCUUUUUAGAUUAAGCGACAGGUUCACAGUUUUUUCUUGUGUUUAACUUUUCUAAUUUGGAAAUCUGUAUGCAAGCAAAAUUUAUUUCAUCGUUAAAUUAUCUCGUUUAAAUUUACAUUAGUUAUAUAUUAUCUUAGACGGUAAAUAAAAAUGAUGAAGGAAACGUAGCACAAUUAGCCGAUAUGGUUGAUCAAAUUCGAUGUAGAUAAUUUUAUUCAUUGACGAUUAAACACGAAUAAUUAAUGAUUUCCUUUUGCGUGAUUUUUUUACGUUCUUUUCUUUUCUUUUUUUUUUUUUAUCGAUUCUGUUUAAUUAUUUAUUUAUUUUUGUUCUGUUUUCAUGAUUUUUCAUAGUUAAAAAUGAAUAAAUUGGAAAGAGAAAAAUAAUCGACCAAGAACAUAUGCACGUGUUAUAAGCCUGUACUCAGACGUUGUCUGUCUUUCCAGUUAAUCCUUUGAUACUCUAUUAAAAAAGGAAUGACGUUCAUUGUACAAUUUGAAUUCGUGCUUAUUAGUAUCUUGAGAUAAUAUCUUCUACAUGUAUAAGAAUCGAAGAAAUUUUUGCAAAUACAAUUUUUAUGAUUAAUAAAAUUGUUUGUUCAGUUCAGAUAAAAUUAUUGUUGUAGUUUGAAAAAUGUUAUCACAACAGUCACGUAAAAAUAAAUAGACAAUUCAGGUAUAUCUUUCUUAACGGUGAGUUUUUUUUAACUUAACUGCACGAAGACAGUGAUAAAAAAAAAAGAAAAAAGAAAGUGAAAAUAAAUUCGAAGAUAAAGAUGAAAGCAAUACAUGAAUGUAGUACUACAUGGAAAAUCAUUGUCAGAUGAAAUAAACUAUAUAAA